AUGUCGUUUGAAUCUGACAGAGGAGACACAGGAUCCAGUGUAUCGUUCCAUCAUAUACAAAGUCAUAGCAUGUACCUGUCACCUCCAUCAGCUCAGCGAAACACAUCAUCUAUUUCUAUGAUGGAUGAUGAAGAUGACAUUCUGGUGUUUGUGGACAGUCCCAACAAGAAGUUGUUCUGCAGGAUUUGUGGGGAGGUGUUCAAGGACCCAGUUAUUGUAGCAUGUGGGCACACAUACUGCAGGACAUGUGUUCAGACCUCUGCUGAUGGUAUUUGUCCGGUGGAUGAUCAACGAUUGGUUAUUAUGGUAUCCAACAUCGCAGUGUCUGAGCAGAUCGGGGAGCUGGUGAUACACUGCAAAUAUGGCUGCACGUAUGAUGUAGGAUGCAAACAGUAUGUGUUUGAUCCUUCAAAGUGUCCGGCAACCUUCAGAAUCAGCUGCCGCAGAGAACAUGAAAGUGACUGUGAUUACAUGAUGGUGGAGUGCCCCAACAACAACAACUGUCCUCCGCUACUGAAAAAGGAUUUGGAAGAUCACUUGAGAGUCUGUAACAAUGUGCACUGUCCAUACAAGAAAUUUGGGUGCUACUUUGUUGGAACCCAGGAGGAGUUUGAGGAACAUUUGAAAACUUGCAGAUUUGAGGGACUCAAGGAUUUCCUCCAGCGGACUGAAGAGAGAAUAGUGGAUCUGCAGAUGCAUCUGAGCCAAAAAGAUGAGGAAAUCGAAUUUCUAAGGUCCAUGCUGGGUCGACUGUCAGAGAGGCUGGAAAAUAUGGAGAAGUCUGUCGAUAUAAAAUUAGAGCUUGUUGAGCGUAAUCAGAGUAAGAUAAUGGAGGAAAUUAUGGAUAACAGGAAAGACAUCUCUGCUAUGACUGAAGAAAUGUCCAAUGUCAACAAUAGAAUCAAUCUUGGGGCCACUGCUGGGGCUUAUGAUCCAAUAUCCAUGUUCAAGUGCAAGGGAACAUUUGUUGGUCAUUUGGGUCCAGUCUGGUGUCUGUGUGCCAUGGGAGAUGUGUUGUUUAGUGGGUCCACAGACAAAACCAUUAAGGUAUGGGAUACAAGUUCUAGUUACAAGUGUGUGAAAACUAUGGAAGGCCACACUGGCAUUGUGCUAGCUUUAUGUACACAUGGGAAUAAAUUGUUUAGUGGCUCUCAAGACUGUAAUAUCAUUGUGUGGAAUGUGGACACAUUUGAGUACUCACACACAAUCAAAGCUCAUGACAACCCUGUGUGUACCCUAGUGACAGCAAGUAACAUGCUCUUCAGUGGCUCUCUCAAAGUGAUCAGGGUGUAUGAUGUGCAUACGUAUGACCUAAAGAAAGAACUGACAGGACUCAACCACUGGGUUCGAGCCUUAUCAGCCACCUCCGAGUACUUGUUCAGCGGCUCCUAUCAGACGGUUAAGGUGUGGAACAUCAAUACACUGGAAUGUGUACGUGAUUUGGAAACUUCCGGAGGCAGUGUUUACAGCAUUGCCAUAACCAACCAUCAUAUUCUGUGUGGGACAUAUGAAAACUGCAUACAUGUUUGGGAACUGAACACAUUCAACCAACUGGAGACAUUAAUGGGCCACUCAGGGACAGUCUAUGCACUGGCUGUGUUGCAUACUGCUUCAGGGACAAAAGUCUUCAGUGCCUCAUACGACCGCUCGCUCAGG